AUGAUGCCAAACUCCAACAGGCUUCGUAGGUACUCACCACCAUCCCCUUCAAACCCGGGAAAGCCUCCCCUAUUAUAUAUCUCCUCCAGCCCUUCUGGCAGCCCAAUCGGCAGCACUGCUGUCAACCUCCCCGGCGGAACCAACGGUAACCACUCCGGCAACCACUCCAACACCUCCUUUAGUUACUUUGAGUCUACCGACGAUGACCACCCUGCACCUGAUCUUCCACGCCAUCCCUACCAACGUGUCUUAAACAUCAUCUGUGGCUAUACUCCCGCAAAGCUUCAGCAGCCACACCGCCGUUAUAAUGAAUUUGUUAUUAUAGGAAGAGAGACUUGGAGACCAUCAGCUACUCUCCUAACCGAAAGGGUUCAUAGAAAAUCAUGGGACAGCUUUCUGACAGAUCGACUACUCAGGUCGACUACUACAUGGGCUCAAUGGGAGAAAGAUUUUCAGAAGCUUUAUUCAACUGCCCCUCAAAUGCGAGAGUGUUUUCUCACGCAUGGAUGGGACGAUACAGCUAAACUACCACAUCAUUUAUCCCCUUCUGUCAGAUCUCUUCGAACCAUCAAGUCUGUUCUUCACUCUUGGUAUCCCAGUCUCGACAACCAGGUAACAAUUGUCUUCCAAUACGCUCCGCCAGCUAUCUCAACAACCAUUACUCGCAACCGUCACUUGCACCACCCCUCCAGACAGCACAGCUCGGAGCCAACAGUUAGACCAAACUCAUUUGCUGAAGAUAAUUAUACCGAGACUGAGCCUGAUAUUGAGCUUUUCACAAUUCAAGAGAUGUUUAGCCUACCCGAAAAUUAUACACACAAAGACAGCGACAACACCCCAGAAAGGACAGCGGCGGAAAACUUUCUCAAACAAACUAUUGCUAAGCAUGGAUUGACUGCAUUGGAUGGUUACGAGGCAGGAAUACCUCCUGACUAUAAGCGUCGCCGUAUUGGUAGCACAGAACUGUGA